AUCAAAAGAACAUUUUCAAGUUUACAGUUAUUUUUUUCUUAAAUUUGUUGUAUUAAUCAUAUUUUGUUUUAUUUUUAUUCGUUUUUGGAGAGCGGCGUAAGAAUAUGCCAUGCGACUGUGACUUUAUUUGCAUUAUUCCUUUUGCGGCAAAGUCAUUUCUCUUCAGCAGUCGAUUGGCCGUCAGAAAACAGCUGAUCAAAAACAAAUUCGUUUAAAGAUAAAAGUCUGGGAUAAUAUAGAAUAUGGACCAAUUUGAUAGUGAAAGCUAUUGGAAAUCUUCCUCCAGCAGAGGAUUCAGUUUUGACGAUGAAGAUGAUGCACGGAGCGUAACGGUGGCGGGCAGCAGUAUGAAUGUGACCAAUAUACUUAAUGAUUACGACACUAUCUCGGAGGCGAGUUUCGACAACAGUGCCACCAGUAGCGCACUAAAUUUAUCUAUAAAAUCUGUAAUCUCUGAAGAAUCAUUGAAGAUGCUGUUGCAAGAACAAACACUAGACGACCGUAUUGUGUCAAAAGGCGUUGCGCCAGAGGAAGAAUUGCGUUUGCUACGCAGGCAAAUACAAACUACAUUUUACAAUCCCUCCCCGGAAGCAACGGCAGCUAGACUUCUGCUUGGCAAGUGUGCACCGCUGGAAGUGUUCAAAUCGUUGCACGAAAAAGAACAACUCUUGGAUGCAGUAUUGAAGUGCGGAGGUGGCGAUGCCGUUAUUGGCGUGCUUUUAUUUCUCAAGAAGACACUAAAUCGCUCAAACUUUUUUAAAAUUCUCGAACAAAGACCACCGGCGUUACAAUACUAUGUUAGUUACUUGGAGGAAUGUCAAGGCACGGAAGCUAUUGAAGUGCUACAACAUUUCGGCAAGCACCAGGAAGCAUCGCUGUUACAAUUCAAAGUAGCUAUGGCUUGCAACGAUUUGCAGCAACGCAAGCGAAAGUUACAACUGCUGAUCGAUGAGUACAGCGGUGACAGGGAUGUGGUCAGCGUUUAUUUGCAACAAUUUCAGGCUGCACUAAAGUUGCUGGAGUUCGUAGAAAAAGAGCGUAAUAGCCUCGACAACGCAGUGAAUAUGAAUUCCACACCCAUUGAAGUGUUGUAUCAAUGCUGUCGCAAGCACAACAACUGGAAAGAUCAGGACAUAACGCGCACCAUAUCACCAUUUCGACUGAGUGCCGAACUACAAAUCUCACCGGCCCAAUUUGAGUGGACUACCUUGAAUGAACGUGGAAAUGCGCAGGCGUACGCUGAUCUGGAAAGUGUGUUCGAGCGUGUACCAGCUUGGCUUCCCAUGAAACAAAAGCAAUUCCACAUUAGUUUCGCAUUAGAAUUGGCCAUAUUGCGAUUAUACGCGCUGCAAGCUCCCACAAGCGUAUUGUAUAUGUUUUUAAAGAAAAUGAGCAACUCAGCGGAGAAAUUGGAGCUGGCACAGCGUGUUAAGUGCGUACGUGCAGAAAUUGAUGCACUCGCGGCAAUGAAGGAUGUAAAUCGCUUGACCCAACUAAAGAGUUCAUUGCCACAGCGAUCGGAAGAGCAGUUCUACUGCGAAAAUGCACUGAAGGUGCUGCAAACAAAACGCUGGACUACGGAUAAUAUUAAGCUGAAACUUUAGAUGGGCAGCCAUUUAAAUUUAAGAAUUAUGCGUUGGCGAAUAUUUUCCGAUUUUUUGAUGUACAUUAGAUUAGAUUAGACAUUGUACAUACAUAGACACAUACAUGUGUGCUGCAAAAUGCAUAGAUGCUUUCCAUUUCAAUUCAACCGGGCUAUUCGGGUCAUGUUCUUCGAUUUCGAUGAAACUUAAAUAUGUUGCUCUCUGGUCAAAAUAUGAGACACGUAUUUUUUUGUUCGCCCGAAAAAAAUUUUUUUCAAGAGUUAUCGGCAAUUUUGUUGUUCGGCUCAAACUCGAUUUUUUUUAAUUGUAUAAGAAAAAAAAUUUUUUAAACGCCCAUAACUUAGUCAAAUAUGAACCGAUUUUAAUAAUUUUGGGUUCAAAAUGAUCGUAAUUACUUACACGAGCGACUUCAUGUAGAAACAAUUGCACAAAAGUAGUUGAAAAUUUUUUAUUUAGCAAAAAAGAAAAAAAAUUGAAAUUUUUUCGAAAUUCAAUAUUUCAAAAAGUGUAUUUUUGUUUUUUUUUAUAACUUUUUCCAAAUCAAGAGGACACCUCAAACUUCAAUUAAGCUGAAUGCCCAGUAGCUAAAAUGAGUUGUUAUUGAGUAAUGAAUUUUUGAGUAAAAAACCUGUAUCGCACUUUUUGUUUUUUGCAAACUAAAAAAUUUUCAACUACUUUUUUGCAAUUGUUUCUACAUGAAAUCGCUCGUGUAAGUAAUGACAAUCAUUUUGAACCCAAAAUUAUUAAAAUCGGUUUAUUUUUGACUAAGUUAUUAGCAUUUAAAAAAAAAAUUCUUACAUUAUUAAAAAAAAAUCGAUUUUGAGCCGAAAAACAAAAUUGCCGAUAAAGCUUGAAAAAAAUUUUUUUCGGGCGAACAAAAAAAUACGGGUCUCAUUAUUUUGACCAGAGAGCAACAUAUUUAAGUUUCAUCGAAAUCGAAGAACAUGACCCGAAUAGCACGGUUGAAUUGAAAUGGAAAGCAUCAUAAUGUUUAGUUAGUUUUUAGAAUUUUUUUCAAUUGAAAAUAGUUGUUAGCUCCGGUCGUUUUUUAAGGGUGGAGCCUGGUUUAUGAGGUCUAAAAAUUGCAUCUCUUUGCGAUUUUUUUGUUAAAGGAAAAAUUUAAUUUAGCACUGCAAAGUUUUUUCUAUCUUUUAAUGAACAUUUAAAAAGUAUAACAAAUUUUUGUACUGGUUAAAAUAAGUUGAAAAAAAUGUUUAACAUAGAAAUUAGUAGAGCGCUGCAACGCUGGAGUUUCCAACUGGCGUACAAGAUACAGCUCGUAAUUAUUAUCUAAAGCAAAAAAAUUCAAAUGGAUUUCUAAUUGUCAUGAUUUUUUAUUCUAGAUGAACUAAGAAAACUGAGAGAAAUUCCAAAAUUUCAACUUUUUGGAGGUUUUAAAGAAGAAAAU